AUGUCUCAAGCUCAAGCAGUCAAAGAAUCUGGGACCAUCACCCUUCAGGAGCCCAGCGUGGACCACUCCCGCAACGGCCACGACCUCGACCUCGACCACGAUGAGGACACUGAGACCGGAGGCCUAGAAGUAGCAUCGAAGCCACAUGCCGACUUUCUGGCCACGUUCACGCCCGAGGAAGAGAAAAAGAUCAUGCGGAAGGUCGACAUGAGAAUCGUCACUAUUAUUGGAUUCAUGUCCAUGGUUCGAGCGAUCGAUGCAAACAAUGCCGCUGCCGUCAAGGUCCUCCAGGUGGGAGAGCCGCGCAACAUACUGAAACAGCUCCACAUGACCUCGAACGAAUACAACUGGGUGCAAACUGUCUUCUUUAUCGCCUAUGUUGUGUUCGAAGCCCCGAGCAACCUCCUGCUCAAAGUGAUGAAGCCGCGCCUCUUUCAGGUGAGGAUCGCAUUCCUCUGGGGGGGAGUCUUAGCCUGCCACGCGGCGGUCAAGAACAAACAAGGUCUGUACGCGGCACGCUUCUUCCUGGGCGUCAUGGAAGCCGGCCUGUUCCCCGGCAUCAUCACGCAUCUCACCAGCUGGUACCGAACCGAGGAGCUGGGACGACCUCUGGUCAUCUUGUUUGCCCUUCAAAAUGCCUCUGGUAUUGUAGGCUCGCUGCUCUGUUUCGCAAUCUCGUACAUGAACGGAAUCGGCGGGCUGAGUGCAUGGCAAUGGGUCUUCCUCUUGGAAGGAUUGGGGACCAUGGCUCUCGCAGGCGUGGUCUGGCUUGUCCUUCCCGAUUAUCCCAAGUCGAAGCGGACUGGAAAGUGGCUCACCCUUCGAGAGCAAGAGUUCGUUGAAGCUCGACUGUCGGAGAAUGCCCCUAAGACGAAUGACCCAGCUUUUUCGCUCCAGGAGACGAUCACCUCACUGAAAGAUAUCAGAGUCUGGUCCUUCCUGGUCUCUCAGCUCUGUAUUGCUUUCGGAGGACUGGCCAUUCAGUGGUAUCUACCUACAAUCACUACAUCCCUCGGAUUCGCAAAGCUACCUCGAAAUCAACUGCUCAAUAUUCCACCGCCUGUUCUCUCGGUCAUGGGAUCAGUCAGUGCCUAUUUCUUCAUGGAGCGCGCCAUUGUGGUGAGGCCAGCGAUAUGUCUUACGAUCAUCUUGGGCCAAAUUGUUUCUUUCAUCCUCCUCCUUUCCCUCACCAACCGGAUUGGAAUCUACAUCGCUUUGAUCUUCGGCUAUGGCUUCUACUUUAUGUUUUUCAUUCCCUUCUGGGCUUGGCGAUCUUCCACGCUACGAGGAUCCACCGGGACUGCCUUCAGUCUCGCCCUACAGUCGGGAAUUGCGCAACUUGGGGGCAUUGUCAGCCCGCAGAUCUUUCAAUCUCGAUAUGCACACAAUAGAUACAAAGUGCCGUUUGGUGUGUGCGCGGGCAUUGUCUGUCUUGGAUUUGUCGCCAACUCCUUCUCAUGGUACCUCACCCGCAAUGUGGAGUACGAUGUGCGCCGAAUCCACAGACUCAAGUUGAAGGCCAAGAAAGAAGGAAAGCUCUAUGUUCAGGACGAUAUCAAAGUCUUUGAGGAGAGACAGUUCUACAAGAAGGGCAGUGGCCGGAAUUGA